AUGACAUUCAACAUCUGUAUUACCGGCGCUGCGGGUCAUGUCGGCAAAGUGGUGUCUCGUGCGGCACUUGCCAAGGGGCAUAGGGUGUUCGGCGUCGAUCUGCCAGCGAACUCAGGCGUCAGCGGGAACGAUAAGUACAACUACAAGCAACUCGAUGUGCGGGAUGACACGGCGUUGAAGACUGCGAUGAAGGAGCAGGGCUGUGAUGCCAUGAUACAUCUUGCAGCGGUCUUGAACAACCCUAACAGUGUACACAAAGGGAAAGACUGGACUGAAUCGGAUAUUCACAACAUCAACACGUCAAUGUCAUAUGGGAUUCUCCGGGCUUCAUCUGACCUUGGGGUCAAGCGGGUGGUACAAGCGUCCAGUGUGAAUGCUAUCGGCAUGCUUGGCUCUAAUCCCCCCACGUUCGACUAUUUUCCGUUGGACGAGAACCAUCCUUUACGCCCACAAGCCGCGUACGAUCUCAGCAAGCAGAUCUGCGAAGUGCAAGCAGGCGCCUUUGCUCGAAAAUACCCAUGGAUGCGAAUCGCCUCCUUCCGUUAUCAUUGGGUCGUUGACUCGUCCUUGUUCAACCUCGAGACGCUGCACAAACGUGGAGGAGAGCCGAAGGAUCUGUGGGGCUACAUCUCCGAGAAGGACGUUGCUGAGGCGACCCUGUUGGGAUUGACAGCUCCAGAAGCGACCUUUCCCAACGGUCACGAGGCCUUCUUCGUCGUAGCGCCGGUACAGCAUCAACAGGCUGCUACUAUUCCGCUCAUCGACAAGUGGUAUCCUAACGUCGAGAAGAGAAGGGAAUGGAAGGGUAACGAGGGACUGUACGAUUGUAGCAAGGCCAAGCGGUUCUUGGGCUGGGAGGCAAAGGAGUACUUCCCAUGGUACCCUUAGAUCUCAUUAAAAGAAAGUGUGGGGGAAAGCAUGAUGCAUAUGAUCA